AUGCUGUCCACCGCCAUGUGUGGCCCCAACAUCCACAACUAUAACUACAGAAACUCCUACCACUACAACCACAGAGCCACCAACCACAACACCUACUACUACCACUAUGACUACCACUACAACCACAGAGACUCCUACCACAACACCUACUACAACUUCAACAACCACAGAAACUCCUACCACAACACCUACUACAACUUCUACAACCACAGAAACUCAUACCACAACACCUACUACUACUACAACUACCACUACAACCACAGAGACUCCUACUACAACACCUACUACUACAAGCACUACGACUGCCACAACAACCACAGGGACUACUACUACAACACCUACUACAACCACAGAGACUCCUACCACAACACCUACUACUACUACUACUUCUACAACCACAGAAACUCCUACCACAACACCUACUACUACUACAACUACAACUACAACUACAGAAACACCUACCACAACAUCGACUACUAUUACGACACUUCGACAACCACAGAAACUCCUACCACAACACCUACUACUACUACUACAACUACAACUACCACUACAACCACAGAGACUCCUACUACAACACCUACUACUCCUACUUCUACAACCACAGAAACUCCUACCACAACACCUACUACUACUUCAACUACAACUACAGAAACACCUACCACAACAUCGACUAGUAUUACGACUACAACUACAACCACGGAGACUCCUACUACAACUUCGACAACUACAGAAACUCCUACCACAACACCUACUACUACUACAACUACAUCUACAGAAACACCUACCACAACAUCGACUAGUAUUACGACUACCACUACAACCACGGAGACUCCUACUACACCUUCGACAACCACAGAAACUCCUACCACAACACCUACUACUACUACUACAACUACAACUACAGAAACACCUACCACAACAUCGACUACUACUACGACUACCACUACAACCACGGAGACUCCUACUACAACACCUACUACAACUUCGACAACCACAGAAACUCCUACCACAACACCACUUACUACUACUACUACUACUAUUACAACCACAGAAACCACAACACCUACUAGAACUACAGAAAAACCAACCACAACACCUAGUACGUCCACAACCACAGAAACCCCUACCACUACAACUACUACUAUUACAACUUCUAUUCCCACAACUACUUUACCAUUUACUUUGGCAACAAGCAGUCAAAGUUCAACUUUUAGAAUAAUUACCGGUCCUGAGCCAAAAACUACUACAGUUGUUCCCCAUCCUCAAAAGAAAGCAACAACAGGAUCAACCACAAUUUCUUCAACUACUACUAUUACUAGUACUACACCCACAACCAUCCCUUCAACUACACCUGGCU